AUGAUUCUUAUCCUGACCCUGUGCUUAAUCUUAGCACCAAUACUCUUGUCAUUUAUCUUUCUAAACCGGACCGCCGAUCGACAUCGCCGCCUUCCCCUGCCGCCGGGACCCAAGGGAUGGCCGUUGCUAGGCAACCUGUUUCAGCUGGGCUCAAAUCCCACGCACCAAACUCUUCAAACCCUGUCAAGAUCUCAUGGAUGUGAUGGGCUCCUCCACCUCCGCUUCGGAAUCGUCGACGUUAUUGUCCUAUCUACAGCCUCUGCAGUCGCUAAAUGCUUCUGCAACCAUGACGUCAACCUUAGCAGUCGCCCUCUAGAUUCCACCGGCAAGCUUAUGGCCUACAACGCACAAGACCUCAUUUUGGCGCCUUAUGGGCGGCGAUGGCGGAUGAUGAGGAAGAUCUGUUCUUCGCAUCUCUUCUCAAACAAGGCUCUGAACGAGUUCCAGGACGUGCGGCAUGGCGAAGUGGUGAGGCUUGUGCGUGACUUCGCCGGGAGGAAGGCGGUGGUGAACGUUGGCGAGAUGGUCAGUAUCUGUGCAGUAAAUGCCUUGUCACUUGUGCUGGUUGGCCGCCGGAUUUCUGCCGGAGAUGAGGAGGCGUUGCAGUUCAAGGAGAUGGCUAUAGAGCUGACCAGGCUCGCCGGACAACCUAACAUCGGAGAUUUCCUGCCAUGGAUCGACUGGCUUGACCUCCAGGGGUUGACUAAAAAGAUAAAGAAAAGUUAUGGCAGAUUUGCUGAUUUUAUAGAGAAGAUAAUUGUGGAGCAUCACCGCAUGAAUGGAGAUGAUCAAUUUAAGGGCCGUAAUCACAUUAACGAUUUCUUAACUAAGCUUAUUGAGACGAAAGAAAGCGCAGAAGGGGAGGAGGAUAAGCUCACCAAUAUCAACAUCAAAGCUUUACUCCAGGACAUGUUCAUAGCAGGAACUGAUACCGUCUCUGUAGCUAUCGAGUGGAUAUUAACUGAGCUAAUUCGCCAUCCGAAGCUUCUUGCUCGAGCGCAGCAAGAGAUCGACUCCAUCGUUGGUUAUAAUCGUCUAAUAUCUGAAUCAGAUUUGUCAAAAUUUUCAUUUCUUCAUUGCAUUGUGAAGGAGUCCUUCAGGCUCCACCCUCCCGCCCCCCUCUCUGUCCCUCGCAUGGCGAUUGAAGACUGUGUGGUCGAUGGUUUCCUGAUUCCUAAAGGUGCUACAGUCUUAGUUAAUGUUUGGGCUAUUGGUCGGGAUCCGGUCUCUUGGCCCGAUGACCCGAGUGAGUUCAAGCCCGAUCGAUUUGGGCCGAGUGCACCACAUGAGAAUGUUGAUGUGAAGGGGAAGGAUUUUGAGUUUAUACCGUUUGGUGCAGGGCGAAGAAUUUGUGCAGGGAUGAAUCUGGGCCUUCGUAUGGUCCACUUAGUGACGGCGACGUUGGUGCAUUCUUUUGAUUGGACAUUAGCGGACGGUGAUAUGGUAGACAUGGAAGAGAGUACUGGGAUAACUAUGCGCAAGAGAAGGCCAUUGAUGGCUAAAGCUAUACUAAGGCUAGCCCCUGAAGUUUACAUUUAG